AUGACCCGACGAUCAAGUAUCACCGUCGCCAUACCUGACCGAGAAACUCGCCGGUCAGAGCUGAAGUGCAUCUCGCUGAUCGAACAAGCAUCGGGCGCGACGAUCUCCAUCACUAGAGACAACCGCAUUCCACCAAAUCAAGGGAAUUUAUUGACAUUCCUGCGUCGUGUCUCAAAGGGCCUGCAGGAUAUCGACGUCGCUGACGUUGUCGGAGCUCUAGAAGAGGUGGUACAACGCUGCGUUACUGAGCCUGAUUUUGGAGGGUAUGGGCUGAUCGAACAACAAAGCCUACAACCGUCUCAGGAAGCAGACGUCCUCUUUCUGUGUUCAGCUCUCCUGGAAGCCCUUAAGAGCGCUGCUCGAGCACGCGCGAGGCCGCCGUUGUUCUCCGAGAGGCCCAAAGGAAGACGGGGAAUGACUAUAGCGGAGAAAAUCUUUGCCAUGCACGACGUGUCCCGCCGUGGCUUUGUCAUGUCGGGAGACAUCAUCCAAGUCGAUGUGGACUGGGUCUUAGCAUCUGAGCUCUCCUGGCAGUGUACGAUUCUGUAG